AUGUCAGAACAGCCUCAAGUUGUGAUUACUGACCACGCCGACCGUCGACAGUCCUACACAGACGACAUGUCCACAACCUCAUCAAUGUCCUCAGUCAGCGAACAGGACCAGGCUAAGAACGACCCCACAUUGCAACCACGCCCGCGCCUGGGGAGCAGGAAAUCAAGCGGUACCAUCAUAAUACCGCGCGACAGUCCCAACAUCGAGAUGAAGGAGGAGGAAGAGGAAUACGAUGACGGUGAUGCUCGAACCAUGAGCCCACGACGAAGCAGCGAAGAGAUUGAGAAGAUGGGUCACGAUGCGAGGCAAGCGCUGAUAGAACAAGCUAAGCAGCUGCAAGCUAGCCUCAUGGAGAUUGUCGACCGCGUAGAGGUAGUCAAAAAUGAGCAUGAGAAGCUUGAGGGUGGUAACAAGUUUCUACAAUCAUACAUUGGUGAGCUCAUGAAUACGAGCAAGCUCACCUCUGCUGGCGCGGCGAAGUCCAAGAACAAAGGCAAGGGGCGCAUCAUCAAGUAA